GAUCAGCAAUUCUCCAAAAGUGACCCUGCAGCGUCGUGUGGGAUGAAAUGUCUCGGAUAAGUUCGAGCACACCACCAAACGUGACCGAGGGUUACCCCGUGACCAAUUUGACUUUAGUGGUUCUUCUGCUCAUACCUUGCGUGGUCGUCCUGCUCCUGCUGAACUGCCUGUUCCUGGGUUACAAGUUCCUGGUCCUGUCCGAGAAGAAGCAGAACCGGCGGCAGCGCCAGUGGGACGCAGAGGAGAUGCUUCUGCAGUCUACUUCGCAGAGAGCCACAAGAGCGUCGGACGCGGGCCUCCUCUCCGAGAGGAGGGCGUACAUGUCUCUGUCGGAGCCGAUCCUCCCGCACCCCGUCACCUCUUCCAGGGCUUCGCCCGGGGGGAGGGCUGGAGUGGACCACGGGAUCCGGCUCCUGAUGCCGGAUGGCGCCACCGGGUCGGGGACGAGGAGGGCACUGAGCACCAUCCGGGCAACCUCCUCUGACGCGGACUUCACCCCCAGACUCCACCUGCCCCCCGGCGCGCGGCCACACAGCGCCAGUACGGUGGGAUGGCGUAAAAGCGCGCCGGUUCUCCCGCAGUCCAGUGACUCCGAGGCGGACACCAGAGUGCACCUUGUUCCGCCGAACUCUCCCACGGAGCUGAAACAUCUGGGCCAUCCUCGUCGCAGCAGCACUUACGAGAUGCUGACCGAUGUGAACCCGGGCCUCGCGUUUGACAAAGUGGACAUGUACACCGACCCACAUUCAGAGGCCUCCUCCCCGAACGCAUCGCCACUGGGUCCUGGACUGGACAGCGACUUUGGUGCAAGUGCAGGUGUCUCGCUGCGGAUUCUGUCCGCAGACAGCGACGGUCUGUCCAACGGGGUCCUGGCGUCAAUCCUGGAGUGGGAUUAUUAUGACCCUUGCUACGUAAAACAGAAUAAUCUACCCAAACAUAAACACCACCGACCCGCGGUGCACACCAAACAGUACUGGGUGUAA